CUUCUUUCCGGGGAGCCCUUUUUCGCACCGAAUCUCGGCUACCCGUCUUGGCAAAACCUCUGAAACUCAGGUUUUGGUUCUCCGAGCACCUCUAUCAUCCGACGAAUUCCAGGAUUCUCGAUCUGGAUGGUAAAUGCAUCAACCAAAGUCUACUUCUAGUUCAAGUCUUGUUCGCAGCAAUGCGCUACUUCCUCGCCAGCAUCUAAAUAGCACUGACAGUGCGAUGGGAUCUAGCAGCAGAGGGAGCAUUAUUGAAACUAGCAACAGUAGCAAGAACAGCCCAAUUCUGAGCACCAGGCAACGGUUGCGUUGGACACAUGAGCUCCACGAACGCUUUGUGGAUGCUGUGGCAAAACUUGGUGGUCCAGACAAGGCCACUCCUAAAGGUGUUCUCAGGGCAAUGGGUGUAUUAGGUUUGACUACAUUCCAUGUCAAAAGCCACUUACAGAAAUAUCGUCUUGCAACACACCAUCCAGAACUUCAUGGAAAAAUGGGGAGAGAAGCACGUGCUUUGGUUCAACUAACAGAAGGCUCCUCUCAGAUCCAAAAAAUGGACACUCUCAAGCUGCAGGCUGAGGUGCAAAAGCGUCUGCACGAGCAGUUGGAGGUCCAGAGGCAACUGGAGGUAGGAAAAGAAGACAAUAGUAAACCCCCAAAGAUAACUGAAGAACAAAAGAGCUCUAGUGAUGUUCUUGCAGAAGCAUCUGGUGCAGUCACUUCUGUCCCUUUGUUAGAAUCUGAGAAGACUGAAGCAUGUACCCCUUCUCCCACUGCAUCAGAUUCUGCUCCCACCUCCAACUCCCCCAAUCAAGAACUUGAGACCCCUGCCCAAGUUGAUGCUUCCAAGGAACAUCCCCAAGCCAAGAAUGCCUCUGCCAGCAAGAGUUCAUCCCCAGGUGAGAGCUCAGGUGAGAGGGUAGUGAAGAAGCAGCGAGUCAGUGAAGGCCCAGAAUGUGCUUAGUUGGGGUUGGUUCUCAAACACAUUGUUUCAAGCUUGGGCUCUGCGCAUCUGCAAUACAGAGCAUUUUGAUCUUUAUUCCAGGGCAUCCUUGAUGAUGAGGAGCAUCUGAAAACAUUUCGGGCAGUGUUCCAUGAGACUAAUUUGUGUGUCGGGUAUUUGCACUUCAGGGCUGCUUUAGUUUUUUAAUGUAGUCUAUGGAUUAGUGUGAUAAUCGUGUCAAAGAAUUGGGUGUUCGUUUUUUAUGCUAUUUUCAUACUUGGGUUGAAGAAGGCCAUUUUGACCUUCCAACUGUUCUUUCUCUCCAUCACAUACUAUAGAUGCAUACAUCAAUAGAAAUAGAACCCUAACGGGAAUUUGACAGGUUA